AUGUCAGGAGGUUUGGGCAAGAGAGUGUGCAUCGUUGGGGCUGGAUCGUCUGGCCUGGUUGCAACAAAAUGUUUCGUUGAAGAAGGCUACGAGGUCACGACCUUCGAGCGAAAUGGCCAUGUCGGUGGUCUUUGGCAUUACACCACCGACCCCACCCAGACGACUGCUCUGCCAGGAACGAUGGUAAAUGUGUCGAAGCAAGGGACGCCGUUUUCUGAUUUUCCAAUGCCAGACACAAUCAAGCAGACGCACCCCACAUCAAAGGAGCUGGAAGCCUACCUGGAGUCCUACGCAGAGCAAUUCGAUAUCAAACGCCACAUUCGGUUCUCUACUGAGGUUUUGGGGUUGCGAAGAGCGAAAGAUGAGGACCAAUGGCUGGUGACUACCCGAUCGAGAGACAAAGCAGACUCAACUCAGGAAACGCACACAUUCGACCGAGUAUUGGUCUCAACUGGGCCGCACACGAAGCCCAGCUGGCCAGCUCUGAAAGGCAAGGACGAGUUUGAAGGCCGAUUGAUCCACUCACAGGGCUUCAAGGAGCCACACAAAUACGCAGGAAAGACGGUCGUGGUUGUAGGCAUAAGCUCCACAGCUUCAGACAGCGUCGAGUUCCUCCGGCUGGCAGGAGCUAAGAAGAUAUACAUCUCGCAUCGCCGUUCUAUCAAAGUCAUGCCCCGAACGCUUCGAGGCAAGGCGGUAGAUCACAGCCUUUCACGUCGAAUUAGCGGUAUUCUGGAGUCGAUGCGGCUGGUCUCGCCUGCGCUACUUGGUUUCGUACUGGGCAAGUUGUUGAUGUCGAUGCAGAAGAGCACCUGGCCAAAGCUGCUCGAGCAUCCAGCCUUCGGUCCGUCAAGAGCCCACCCGCAACCCUUGUCGUCUAUCCCCAACGUAUCGGACAAUCUCCCGACCAACCUCAUGGAAGGGCAUGCGGAGUCUGUUCAGGCCAUCGAUCAUUUUAGCGGCCCGAACUCGAUCACCCUCAUCGAUGGGACGGUACUUCAGGAUAUCGAUGCCGUGAUCUGUGCCACUGGCACGUCUUUCGACAUAUCUGCGCUUCUUCACCCUGAAGACGACCCAACCAAUACGAAGCUAGCGCCGGAGCUGUUCAGCAAGAUUCGAUCGUCGAAGUACUACUCCGAAGGCCGUCCCGCGACAUGGCUGUACCGCAAUCUCCUCUCGAUUCAACAUCCCCAUUCGCUCGCCUUUAUUGGUCAUCUCAUCUACAAAGGAGCAUGGUUUCCACUAGCUGAGAGGCAGUGCAUGGCGCUUGCCCAGCUCUGGCAGGGCAACUACCCAAUGCCGUCCAAGAUAGAGAUGGAACGCAACGCAACAAAGCACUUCCAAUGGCUCAUCGCCGAGCUGAACAAAGGCUUCAUCAGCCAUGCCGGGUUCAGCCACGAACUCGAUCACGAUCUCUGGUUCAACGACGUAGCAGGAACAGAACUGUACGACAGAACAGGCUGGGGCUGGUCGGGAUGGAAGUUCUGGUGGACAGACCGAGCAAUGUACAAGCUGAUCAUGGAUGGGCCGGAUACGCCUUUCGCGCUGAGGCUUUUUGUGACGAAGAGAGGGCGGAAGUUUUGGCCUGGGGCGAGGGACGCGAUUGUUAAGGCUAAUAGAGAGGUGAAUGAGCUGGGGGAGAAGUGGAAGCGGGAACAGGAGCUGUUAAAGAAGGAGAAGAGUCCGUAG